GCUUUUCUUCUUGAUAACCUUCUUAAUCGUGGUCGUGAGCAUAGCGUCAAUCGUUGACGCUUGACGUCCGUAUUCUAUUCGGUGUAUUGAACGUCUAUCGCUUUGCCUUCUAGUUGCAUUUUCGGUGUUUUUUGAGACUUUUUUGAGAGGUUCUUUUUAGACUUGUACUUGAUGUACCUUCUCGGCAGAAUUCAUGCACAUAUCCUGAUAUUCUUGUAUUUUUGCGAACCUGUGCUUUCCGUCGGAUUCGCUGAGGAGUUGUACUGUGGACUGGAGAACUGUUACGAUGUACUGGAAAUAAACAGGGACGAAUUUGACAGAUCCAAACUAUCUAAGAUUUAUAGAAAUCUUGCAAAGAAGUACCAUCCGGACAGGGUAAAGGACAAGGCUGCUAAAGUUGAAGCAGAAGCUCGUUUUCGCGUCAUUGCUACUGCUUAUGAAACUUUGAAAGAUGAACAGACUCGUACAGAUUAUGACUACUACCUGGACCACCCUGAAGAAAGAUUCUACAAUUACUACCAAUAUUAUCGUAGACGGGUUAUUCCUAAAGUGGACGUUCGAUUGGUGAUAUUGGGCACAAUUUUCUGCAUUUCGUUAUUUCAGUACUUCAGUGCAAAACAAAAAUAUUCUGAGGCGAUAUCAUAUGCGAUGACUGUUGGAAAAUUCCGGAAUAUUGCCAUUAGUACUGGAGUUGAGCGAGGAGUUCUUGAAUUAGACAGCAAAGGAAAGUUGAAGAAGAUUAGGGGGAAGAAUAAUGAAGACAUUAUAAGAAGCAUCAUCGAAGAGAAUAUGGACGUCAGAGGCGGUUAUGCGAAGGAAUCAAUUUAUGAUACGCUUAUGUGGCAGUGUAUCAUUCUACCUUAUACACUUUACAAUUACCUCGUUUGGUACCUCAAAUGGGUGUUUAAGUACUGGAUAAAACGAGAAGAGUAUGAUGAAGUCGCUAAGCUGUAUCUGAUACGUAAAUAUCUUGGGCUUAGUGAAAGCCAAUUCAACUGCAUGAGUGAAGCUGAACAUGAAGAUAUGCUGGCGCAGGAGCUCUGGAUAGACGAGAAUUUCAAAAAAUGGAAAGCCGAGAAAGACGCUGAAGAGCAGGAGAAGCUUGCCCGAAGUGGAAGGUACAAGCGCUACAAACGAUAUCUGAAGAACGCGGGAACGAUAUCAUUUGUCGAUGAAGAUUGACAUUUUCUUAUCUUCAUUCGUAGAUUGUUUAGAUACUUUGUUUUCACUAAUUAAAAACCUUGGGUACUUGGACUGUGGUAUUUUCUGUUGAUAAUUGGUUGAUAAUUGAGGUGCUUUCUAGCUAACUAUCAUUUGACUCAUCUAUACAUGAUUCUUAUUGUUUUUGUGGGUUGUACAAAUCUUCGACCUGUUAUGAUUAUAAAUCUUUCGUCAUCUGA